UAACGCGUUGCGUGCUCCGUGCCGAAAAGUCUGAAAAGGGCACUUCCGUUUCCGUUUUGUGUGUUCCAUCGUCGUCGUCGUCCGCGUUGCGCGAAAAAGUGAAAUCGUUCGCUCUGCGAUUCUUCCUUUUUUUUCAAUUUUUUUCAAAUCGAAUUUUAUAGUUGCAGCAAGUGCAAUUUUCGAGUGGUUAAUGCGCGCCACAAAUUAUGCAAUGUGACCAGAGCCGCCAGCGUUGAAAAAGGACUCAAAAGGUCAACGAACUCUGGCUAAAAAAUACCGAAGAGCAACCGAUGGACGCCACUGCUGGAUCCACUAGCAGCACACUUUUGCCCAAGAAAAGGGAAGCCGAUCGACCCGUUUCGGGAUCGGGAAUGAAUCUAUCUGGUGGUGGUGUGGGCACCACCAGCAUGGAGGUCACCGUCAGCACCACCACCACCACUAUUAUCGAAUCCUGCAGUUCGACGAGCUCCACUCUGGUGGAAAACUCCUCCUCCAGUCCGGCUGGUGGUUCAUCGGGCAGCGGAUCACCCUCCUACAUGCAGCACCACCAUGGCUCAUCGCUGCACCACCUGCAGUUGCACCACCAUACGGCACCACCCUCACCCCUGGCAGCGGUGCGAAGUGCCCAACUGGUGGGUGGACCCUCUGCGUUGGCCAAUGGGGGAAAUCCCCCCGUCUGCUGUUCCCCCGGCAGUUCGCACCACCAUCUUGGGCCGCAUGUCAACCACUUGGGUGGUCACCCACUGCCCCACCCAUCGCUCUUCCCGCUGAUGGCCGCCGCCCAGCUGGGCUAUGCCGCCGGCUCGAACAGCGGUCCCAGUUCGCUGGUCAAUUCACCCGCUUUGGGCAGACGCAAGCGGUACACCAGCAACUCGUCCAACUGCUCCAGUCAGUUCAACAACAACUACGCCGGAUUGGACGUGGACUCGCUGGAGGACAUGUUGAGAAAGGUGAGUCCUCCUCCAAAACCAUAAAUAGACUUUCAUUCAGCUGCAAUCGGGUAUGUUUUACGUGAUCAAUUUGGAGU